GGUCAACGCCUCUGUGCUGCCAGAUAAAGGGUCAUAUACUGUGCGCUGUGUUUCCACAGAAAAGAUCUACGACUGUUAGUGCUCAUCAGUCACUGUUCGACUCAUCAAAAAGGCAGAGAGUAUUAGCAACGGGAGAUCAGCAGAGAGGCUGCCGUUAAGGGAUCAGCCAUGCUCGGAGGAGUCCACACAGAUUUGUUGGUCACGUUGACUUUACUCUUCCUCUCUCAGACGGGGACUCUGUGCAGAGCUGAAAACGACUUUACAUUGGCUCCUUUACCAGAGUGGAGGACAAAUGCAGAGUAUGUUACACAAUGUUCCUACGACAGACAGAACAACCAGAUCUGUGACUGGACGAGAAACCAACAAAUAGGAGUGGAUGUUGCAGUGAGUAUUUUCGAGAGUGGUCCGCUGAGGCUGGAGGGCGAGGCCUGUCUGGAGUUUUGGUACCAGUGCCCAGUCACAAAUAAUGGGUCUGAACUAAGAGCUUUACUGAAAAGCAGCGACGGUCAGGAAGAAAUCUGGACCUCUCCUGUCCUCCCCAGAAAUUCGUGGAUACAAGUAUUUGUCCCCCUGAAAAUCGUGAAACCGGAGUCUCGGGUUGUACUUGAAUCAGUGGCCAUGGAAGGACGGAUCACAAUUAACAAGAUAGGUGUAAGAAGAGGCUCAUGUGGACCCCAGUGUGAAUCUAACACAGAGUUAUGGACGGAUGAGUCCACCCGCUGCCUCUGCUCUGAGGGCCAGCUCUCCUGCUCUCCCUCUCCGUGCCCACAAGGCCAAAUCUGUGGUCCUCAAAGAGGAGGAUCCACAGGGAUUUCCACCACUGGGACGUGCACAAUACACAGUCACACAGACUGCAGCACUUUUGAUGGAGUGCUGUUCCGCUUCAUGGCCCCAUGCACCUACGUACUGGCUAAGACCUGCUCGCCCACUGGGGCCCUGCCCAUGUUCAGUGUGGAGGUGGUCAAUGAGCAGAACGGGAACUCAUCUCUGCCAGCCAUUCAGCAGGUCAAUGUGGACACAGGGAACAUCAGAGUGUCUCUAUUGAAAAGACAGACUCACCGGGUCGUGGUUAAUGGGGUCUGGAGGAAGCUUCCGCUGAGCCUUGGCAGUGGCACUGUCAACAUCAAGAGUAACCCUGCUGCCGUUGUCCUGGGAACCAGUUUCGGUCUGAUCGUUUCAUUUGACAGCACUGGGGCUGUGCAUGUUAUUCUGCCGUCCACAUAUUCAGAUGAGGCCUGUGGCUUGUGUGGCAACUUUAACCACAUCAGGGAAGAUGACCUCCGCAAGCCUGAUGGUACAAACGCCCAAGAUGCUACGGCUUUGGCUCAGAGCUGGCAGACUGGGCAGAGCACCUCCUCCUGUGAAACUAUUCUAGUCCCUCUUCAGUGUGACCCACAGGAGGAGGCCAAGUACACCAGUGAGUUGUACUGCGGUGGCCUCCUCUCCAGCACUGGGCCCUUUGCUGACUGCCAAUCAGUUCUGGGGGCAGAGAGUUACUUCAGGGGCUGUGUGGUCGGUAUGUGCUCUGCUCAUGGUGACCCAGCAGUGCUAUGUGAGACAUUACAGGUCUACAGUGAUAUCUGCGAGGAGGCUGGAGUCGCUGUACCCAUGUGGAGGAACUCCACAUUCUGCCCCCUUCAGUGUGCUGAGAACAGCCAUUAUAACUCAUGUGCUGAUGGCUGUCCAGAGGUGUGCUCCGGUCUGGAUUUAACUGGCUCUUGUGGAAGCUGUGAGGAGCAAUGCGAGUGCGACUCUGGCUUCAAACUCAGUGGGGGAAAGUGUGUCCCAGCAGAGGACUGUGGGUGCUGGUACAGUGGGAAACACUAUGAGAAAGGAGCAACAUUUGUGGAAGGAGAGUGCGAGCAGCAGUGCCAAUGCAUGGGUAAUAAUGAUCUGUGGUGCACCUCAAUGCAAUGUGCAGACACAGAGGUUUGUAAGGUCGAGGAUGGAGUCAAAGACUGCUUCCCGUUCAAACCUGCCACCUGCAGGGUGUAUGGCGAUCCGCAUUACAUCACUUUUGACAGGGUGCCUUAUGACUUUCAAGGAGGCUGCAGUUACACUCUGACUACAACAUGCGGAGAUGAAAGCUCGGUCCAGUUCACUGUAAUUGGACACAACAUGCAUCCUCCCCUUCAGAACUUUACCCGGUCCAAGCUGGAGGCUGUGACUCUACAGGUGGAAGAUUUUUUCCUUACACUAAAUCAAAGUGGAGAGGUCCUUGCAAAUAACAGCCGUGUCCAACUCCCCUAUGUCACUGAUGGUACCUACGGCUCAAUGCGGGUCUACAUGAAGAAUAAUUAUAUUGCUCUGGAGGCGGACUUUGGCCUCCGGCUACUUGUAGAUGGGCAAAGCAGACUGUUUGUGCAGGUGGAUGAGCGCUACAAGUACGAGCUAUGCGGACUGUGUGGCACCUUCUCCGAAUAUCAGGACGAUGAAUUCAUAACCCCAGGAGGCCAAAACGUUACAGAGCCAUUUGAGUUUGGUGACAGCUGGAGGGUGCCUAACCAGAAUGAGUGUACUGUCUAUCCAAAUGAACCGAGAGUCUGUGACUAUGAUGAAGAGAACGAUGCCUACAAUGAGUGUAACACACUACUGAAGGAUGCCUUCAAUCCCUGCCAUGAAAUUGUUCACCCCAACAUCUACCUGAAUAGUUGUGUGUACGACUAUUGUGCCACAAAUGGGGACCAACACACCUUAUGUGAAUCUCUCAAGUCCUAUGCAACAGCAUGUCAGGUUGAAGGAGUGGAGCUGCCCUUCUGGCAGACAGACACAGCUUGUGCUGAGCCUCAAACCACUUCAACCACUCCAACAACCCCAACCUCUCCAACACCAGAUCAGACUUUCUGUCCUAUGAAUUGUGACUUUGAAAAAAAUCUGUGUGGAUGGGAGCAGCUCAUACAGGACAGUUUUGAUUGGACAAGACAUUCAGGACCCACCCCCUCAAACCUAACUGGGCCAAUCAAGGACCACACCACUGGAGCUGGCUUCUACAUAUACAUUGAGGGAGACAGUGUCAUCCAUGGAGACUCAGCCCGUCUGAUGAGUCCAAAGUGUCAUUACAAUGGCCCACUCUGUCUGCACUUCUGGUAUCAUAUGUAUGGUUCAGCUACAGCAAUGACCAUCAAUAUCUACCUGCUCAAAGACAACAAAGCUACCAAGCUGUGGUCCAUGAUGAACAACCAGGGACCAACAUGGCAUCCAGGAAAUGUUGACAUCCGUGUGUCUGGUCCUUUCCAAAUCAUAGUAGAGGGAAUCCGAGGCUCUGAUGCACUGUCGGAUGUGGCCAUAGAUGAUGUUUCCAUCCACUUUGGCUCAUGCUCAGGCAGAUUCCCUGACCGGGUUGCUGGAACUGAGCUUCCUUCCUCAAAUGUGGAAGUCCUCCCAUCACACCCAGUCUGUAACCUCGGCUGUAGCUUUGACAACCAUCUUUGUAGCUGGAAUCAGAUGCUUACUGAUGUUUUUGACUGGACAUGGCAGAAUGGUACCACACCCACCCUGAUGACAGGGCCCUCUACUGACCACACUGGUGAUGGUCACUACCUGUACAUUGAGGCCAACAGUGCAACUUAUGGAGAUACAGCUCGCCUCAUCAGCUCUGAGUGUUCUGACAGUGGUCCUCAGUGUCUGCAGUUCUGGUACCAUAUGUACGGCUCAGCACAUACAAUGGGCCUCCAUGUUUACCUGCUCCAAGACCGACUGGCUGAGGGUGUCUGGUGGAAGAGGAAUGACCAAGGAAAUAUGUGGCACCUGGCUCAGGUGGACUUAACUACAACUGAAACUUUCCAGAUCAUUUUUGAAGGGCGUAGAGGUUCCAAUGAUCAGUCUGAUGUGGCCGUAGAUGAUAUAUCAAUUCAUCGUGGACGCUGUGCAGACUUGACUAAACCAACAACCCCUGCUCCUGAGGUCCCUGCCACACAACAACCCACAACAACUUCAUCAAAACCACAACCACCAUCGACAACUACAGUUACAACAACCACAACUUCAAAUCCUGAUGUCCCAAUGACCACAAGAACUGAUGUUCCAACAACAACAAGACCACAGCUACCAAUAACAUCAAGGCCAAUAAAAACAGCUGCAACUGGAUCAAAAACCACAGCUAGAACACACCCACAAACCUCAGGAGACCCAGAAGUUGGAACUCCAGAACAGCCAGUACCUGAAACCACAGCAAGACCACAGCCUUCAACCACAACUCAACCACGGCCACACACAUCUAUAACACAAACUACAACCACAGCUAGACCACAACCACAAACCACUGAGUCACAAACAACAAAUAGACUACAAACUCCAACCACUACAUCACAACCACAAACAGUUAGACCUCAACUAACAACCACAGUUCAACCACAGCCUCCAACCACAAUGCAGCCAAAACCACCAACAACAGCUCUGUCUGAGUCACAAACAAGCACUUUACAUCCUUCAACCACUACAGCUAAACCACAACCUCCAACAACAACAACAACUACACCAAAACCUCAGAACACAACUCUACUUGAGUCACAAACAAGCAUACCAAAACAUUCAACCACCACAGUUAAACCAAAACCUUCAACCACGAUGCAGUCACAAACACCAGACACAGCUCCAUCUGAGGCACAAACAACACGCACACAUCAAACUCAAACCACUACAGCGAAACCACAAACUCAAACCACUACAGCGAAACCACAAACUCAAACCACUACAGCGAAACCACAAACUCAAACCACUUCAGCUAGGCCACUACCUCCAACCACAAUGCAGCCACAAACUUCAACCACUACUCUACCACAGCCAUUAACAACAACUAAAACGCAACCUCCAACCACAGCUAGACCCCAACCACCAACUGAAACACAAACAUCAAGUAUAGCACAACAAUCAACCACAGGUAAACCCCAACCCACAACAGCUACACCACAAUCCACAACACUGAGACCAAAACCCACAACAACAGCUGGAUCCCAACCCACCACAACCCUUAAACCACAUCCACCAACUGAAAGACCUCAGACUACAGUAACACCACAAUCUACAACAACUGCUAGACCAAAACCACCAACUACAGCUGUACCAACAUCCUCUUGCCCACAGAACAGUCAUUACACCACUUGCAUCCCUGCCUGCAGUCCAACCUGUAGACACCUGAAUGGCCCACCACCCUGCAGUGACAGUGACAGCUGUGUGCCAGGAUGUGUGUGUGAUGAUGGCUUUGUGCAGAAAUGGCAGCGUUGUGUCCCUAUCCAAGAGUGUGGCUGCGUGGACAGUAGUGGUAACAAACAUCAUUUCGAUGACAGGUGGUACACCGAUCACUGCAGUCAGAAAUGUGAAUGUGAGAAAGAUGAUGGAAUAGGGAAGAUUGACUGUGAUGACCAAGACGAAUGUGAUGGAAAUGCCAUCUGCCUUCAAAACGACGAGGGCGAAUACUACUGCAGAUCUACAGGCUUCAGUGAAUGCACUAUAAAUGGAGACCCUGAGUACAGAACCUUUGAUAAAAUGAAGUAUGACUUUGAGGGCGAGCACUCGUAUGUGCUGGUCCGGACCAAAAACUUGCCAAAUGACAUUCCAGGCGUCUACAUCGUGGGCAUCAAUACACGCAGAGAAGAUGAUGGCGAUGAUAGUGAGCAUCACGAUGACAGUAGCAGUGAAGAAAACCACAGUCACAGAGUCAGGGAUGAAGAGGAAGAAGAUGAUGGCGGCGAUGAAGACAAUGCUGACAAUGACAGCAGUGAUAGCAAAUAUCAUGAUGAUAGCGAGGAAGAUAAGGAACAUCACAGAUUACAAGAGCUUAAGAUCAUAGUGUACAAUCACACCGUGGAGUUAAGAAAGAAUCGAGAGCUGGUUGUGGAUGGAAAGAAAACCAAAAUGCCUGUCUCACCGACCGCUGGUUUAAACAUCCGGCAGCAUUCAUCUCGCAUCUACCUGAAGACCGACUUUGGCCUCUCAGUGGAGUUUAAUGGACGCAGCUCAGCAGAGAUCAUUCUCCCACACAUAUAUAAAAGGAAAGUAGGAGGUCUGUGUGGGAACUUUGACAGUCAAAGGAGGAAUGACUGGAUGAAGCCGGACGGCACCAGGGCCAGGAGUGUUCGAGAGUUCGGAGAGAGCUGGAGAGUGUAAACAUUCUCUCCAGGUUGAUAAUAUCUGUAACCUUAGAAGAUAAGAAUAAACCCGAGCUUCAAAACAUGACUUGGCAAAAAACACCAGUGGCACUGAUGUCCAGUUCUCUUCAGUUCUCCAGCUUUUCAGGACAAAGUACCAUUAAAAAAAAAAAAUUCCUACAGCGUCUGCUUUUAUAAGAUUUGCAUUGUUCCAAGAAUCUGAUGUCAAGCCUACGUUCUUUUAUGUCUAUUUUUAAAAUGGUUUUUUUUUAAAUGUCAUCACACUUUCAAGAAAUCAGUGACAAUAUAUCAUACGUUGCGGUUUCUGUCACAGUCGAGUAUAACAUGUAUUCAAAAGUGAGGCUGUGUAGAUCUUUUACAGUAAUGGACGCUGAACAAAGAACAAAAGGUACAAUGCAGUGUUUGAAUGAUGAGAAUGUAUGUCUACACAUGGACGCAUUGAAUGUGCAAUAAAUGAUUAUUGAGAA